AUGCAUAUCAAGACUUUAACCAUACAAGGUUUCAAGUCCUACAAGGAUCAAACCGCUGUUGAGGAAUUCAGCCCAGGUCACAAUGUAGUCGUAGGAAGAAAUGGAAGUGGAAAGAGUAACUUCUUUGCGGCUAUCCGAUUCGUUCUCUCCGACGCAUAUACGUCCAUGUCCAAAGAAGAACGUCAAAGCCUGUUACAUGAUUCCUCAAGUUCAACUUCUACAACUCUAUCAGCAUUUGUGGAAAUCGUCUUUGAUAACUCUGAUGGUCGCUUUCCAAGCUCGAGCGGUAGUAACGAACUGGUUCUACGUCGCACUAUCGGUAUCAAAAAGGAUGAAUACUCUAUCGAUCGUAAAAGCGCAACGAAAUCAGACGUGAUGAAUCUUUUGGAAGCCGCUGGAUUCAGUCGAUCCAAUCCAUACUACAUCGUACCACAAGGAAGGAUCACACAUCUCACAAACAUGAAGGAUGCUGAUCGACUCAACCUCUUAAAAGACGUAGCCGGCACAAAAGUGUACGAGACACGCCGUGCAGAUUCACUGCGUAUCAUGCAGGAAACCGAAGAAAAGAAAGCAAAGAUUGAUGAAACUUUGACCUACAUUCAAGAACGUUUGGCUGAACUGCAAGAAGAACGCUCAGAGUUGAAUGACUUUCGCGAAAAAGACAAAGAGAGAAGGAGCCUGGAAUAUACCCUACAUCAACGCGAUGCAAAUGAUGUGAUCACACGUUUGGACGAUUUGGUGAUUCGCAGACAGGAAGAAGCAGCCGAUGCAGACGAGAAGCAAAAACGGUUUUUUGCUCGUGAGAAGGAGCUCAAAGCUCUCGAAGAUGAACUUACAAAUUUGCAGCAUCGUUCCACUGUCCAAGUUGCAGAACGCGAUUCUCUCUUACAAGAACGUAGAGAAUUAGCUAGAACCAAAGCAGAAAUCGAAGCACAAAUCAAUGAUGACGAAGAAAGAGACGAACGCUUGGGUGGAACUCGCGAGGAGUUGCAACAGCGUUUGAGUGCACUUGAUGAGCGCAUCUCUGCCGUAGAAGGCGAGCUUAUGGGCCUAGAGCCUUCUUUGGAGGAGCAAAUGGUCUCCCUCAACAACGCCCGCAACCGUUUGGAAGCUUCUAAAGCCCGAAUUCAAGUCUUGUUUGGCAAGAGAGGACGCAGCACCCAAUACCGAACUCAGGCAGAACGUGAUGCAGCCAUUCGAGCUGAGAUUCAAUCUUUAGAAGAAUUCAAAACUGAACAAAACAAUCGCAAGGACGAAGUCCAAGCAGAAACUGUCGAAUUGCAGCAAGCCAUAGCCAAGGCAGAAACCAGCUUGACACAAAAAGCUGAAGAAUUGGAAGAACGUCGUCAAUUUAUUGAAGAAAGUGCCAAGCGAUGGGAUGAGGUUCGUGCAGAUGAAGACAAAUUGUUGGAACGCAAGAAAGAGCUUUGGAAAGAGGAGCACAAGCUGGACAGUAGUGUCAAAGUAGCACAAGAACGAUUAGGAGUCGCACAACGCAGCCUUUCCAGCAUGAUGGAUCGUGCCACAGCUACAGGUCUUGCUAAUGUAGAAGCAGUCACCCAACGCUUGGGCUUGCGAGGUGUCUAUGGCCCCUUGUACAAGCUGUUCACCGUUCAAGAUACAUACAAAACUGCGGUAGAAGUAACAGCAGGUCAAAGCUUGUUCCACGUUGUCGUUGACACUGACGAGACAGCAAGUCGCUUAAUCGAAGAGAUGAACCGGGAAAAGUUGGGCCGUGUCACAUUCAUGCCACUCAAUCGCUUAAAUCCGAAAGUAACAGACUUCCAAGAAAAGACAGACGCAAUGUUGAUGUUGAGAAAAUUGACAUUCAACCAAGCGCAUGCGAAAGCCAUGCAACAAGUGUUUGGUCGAAUGAUCAUUUGCAAAAACCUGACAAUCGCUUCAUCAUACGUUCAAAGUAGCAAAGAAAUUAAUGCUAUUACUCUUGACGGUGACAAGGUCGAACGCAAAGGUGCUCUCACCGGUGGAUACAAUGACCCAAAGCGAAGUCGAUUAGAUGCAGUUCAAGAAGUGAAACGAUGGAAAGAAGUUCUCGUGCAUGAUGAGCAAGAACUUGCCAGAAUUCGCACCGAUUUGCAAAAUACCGAAACUAGUAUCACUUCUAUGAUUGAAGAACGUCAAUCUCUUGAAUCUAGAAGCAAGCGAGCCAAUCGUAGCCGUGAACCCAUCCUGCAAGAGGUACGUUCUCUGCGCGAAACCGAAUCAGCAGCCAAGAAACGCCUUCAAAGACUUCAAGAGUGGUCUGCACAAUUGUCUCGUGAUUUGGAGACGGUGGAAACCAAAAAGGCAGCAUUGCAACAGGAAAUCAACACCCCUCUCAAUGCUGGGCUAUCAGCAGAAGAGACUGCUGAGCUGGAACAUUUGAACCGUGAAGCGGAUGAAGGCGAAAAGACGGUCACUGAAUUGACGGCCAAAGUGUCGGAAAUGUCGACCCAAAGAGACACUCUCGAGAUUGAGUUAGCUGACAACCUGAAGCGUGAACGUGAAGCCAUUGUUGGUCGUCUGGAAACGUUGAAUAAUCAAGUUGUAGGCGAAUCGCAAGUAGGCGGAAUGGCUGUCAGUGCUGGAGGUGCAACUGCAAAAGUAGAACGACAAAAGCGUUUGGCAGGUUUACGAGCUCAAAUUGCUGAUAAGCAAAAGAAACUCGAGCGAAUUGAACGGGAGAUCGAAGAAAAUCAACAAAAGAUCAAAGGAAAGCAAGAUCAAAUCGAUUCAACCACCCGUGAACAAAUCGAAGAAGCUCGAAGUAUCUCUAGACAUGAAAAAGUUUUGAGCAAGAUUGUCACAAAGAGACGUGAAUACGAACAACGCAAGGUGGAAGUUGAUGAAAAAUUACGUCAAUUGGGUCUCGUGUCUAAUGAAGCAUUACAAAAGUAUGCGGAUAUGGAUACUAGCAAAGUGUUGAAACAAUUGCACAAGAUGCAAGCAAGUUUGAAAGAAUUCUCUAAUGUCAACGUGCGUGCAAUCGAACAAUACGACCAAUUCGCACGUGAACGUGAUAAUCUCUUGGAAAGACAAGGUGAAUUGGAUAAAUCUUCAGAGAGUAUUACAGAAUUGAUCGACUCACUGGACAUGCGCAAAGAUGAAGCAAUCGAACGUACAUUCAAACAAGUAAGCAAGAAUUUCGCCGACGUCUUUGAGCAAUUGGUCCCGAUGGGACGCGGAGCUUUGAUCAUGCAAAAGCGCUUUGACACAGAAUCACAAGAAAACGAAGAAAGUGAUGAAGAUGCAAUGGACGAAGAUGAAGCCACAAAGGCUGCCAAGAAGAUUGAAAACUACAUUGGCGUUUCAAUCAAGGUAUCUUUCCACUCCAAAUUGGACGAAGGACUUCGUAUUCAACAAUUAUCUGGAGGUCAAAAAUCUCUGGUCGCUUUGGCAUUGAUCUUUGCUAUCCAGAAGUGCGAUCCUGCAGCAUUCUACCUAUUCGACGAAAUCGACGCAAACUUGGACGCCCAAUACCGCACUGCAGUUGCUGCUAUGAUUCAACAAUUGAGUGAAAAUGCUCAAUUCAUCACCACAACUUUCCGACCUGAAUUGGUUGGCGUUGGUGAUAAGCACUAUGGCGUAUUCUUCAGUGCUCAAAAAGUGUCGUCUUUGCAAAGCAUUACGCAAGAUGAAGCAUUCCGCUUUGUUGAAGCCUCCGCUGAAGCAACUCAUACCUAG